CAUUAGAAGAGCAUCAUGAACAUUGAAGCAUAUUUUCAAAGAAUUGGCUAUACAGAUUCUAGGAAGAAAGUGGAUUUGGAAACAUUAACUGAUAUCCUCCAACACCAGAUCCAAACUAUUCCUUUUGAAAACCUGAACAUCCAUUGUGGAGAACCUAUGGUGUUGGACCUAGAGACCAUUUUUGAUCAACUUGUGAGGAAGAGGCGAGGUGGCUGGUGUCUCCAGGUUAAUCAGCUCCUGCACUGGGCUCUGACAACAAUGGGAUUUGAGACCACAAUGUUGGAAAGUUAUGUUUAUGACCCUCCAACUGACAAAUAUAGCAAAAGACCUCUUCACCUCAUGUUACAAGUGACUAUCAGUGGCAAGAACUACAUCGUGGAUGCUGGGUUUGGACGCUCCUAUCAGAUGUGGCAGCCUCUGGAGCUAAUUUCUGGGAAGGAUCAGCCUCAGAUACCUGGCAUCUUCCGUUUGAGAGAGGAGGGAGGAAUCUGGUACCUAGACCAAAUCAGAAGAGAACAGUAUAUCCUAAACCAAGAAUUUCUUAAUUCUGAUCUUCUGGAAAAGAAUAAAUAUCGAAAACUAUACUCUUUUACACUUGAGCCUAAAACAAUUGAAGAUUUUGAGUCUGUGAAUAUUUAUCAUCAGACAUCUCUGGUAUCUUUGUUAACAAACAAAUCUUUUUGUUCCUUGCAGACAACAGAUGGGGUUCACUGUUUAAUGGGCUUCACUCUCACUUCUCGAAGAUUCAAUUAUAAGGACAACAUAGAUCUGUUAGAGUUUAAGAUCCUAAGUGAGAAUGAAGUAGAAGAAGUGCUGAAGAAUCUAUUUAAAGUGUCCCUGGAAAAAAAACUUGUGCCCAAAUAUAGUGACCAUUCUUUUACUAUUUAG